UAUUCUCACACAGAAUCCACAGAGAUCCAGGUUAGCACUGUCACCAUGAAGUCCAUCAUCUUGAUCCUACCCGUUCUCCUGCCUCUUAUCAGGGCGCAGGUCCCUCACUGGGGCCCAUGCCCAGAUCCUCCAGUGCAAUCUGCAUUCAGCAUGAAAAAGUUCUUGGGAAGGUGGUAUGAGGUUGCAAAACUGCCGGCUCAGUUUGAGAAAGGGAGAUGCAUUGAGUCCAACUUCACCAUGAAACAAGAUGGGAGUGUCCGUGUGGUCAGCUCAGAGAUACUAAAGGGUGAGCUGAGGGCCAUCGAGGGCACCGCUGUGGUGCAGGACAUGAGGGAACCGGCCAAACUGGGCAUCAGCUUCUCCUACGUGCUCCCCUACACCCCAUACUGGAUCAUGUCCACCGACUACGAGAACUCGGCCCUGGUGUACUCCUGUACCGACGUCCUGCGCCUGUUCCACGUGGACUUCGCCUGGAUCCUGGGCCGAACCCGAAGCCUGCCCGCCGCCACCAUCACCAAGGCCAAGGACGUCUUCAACAACAACAACAUCGACGUCACUCGGAUGAUCAUGAGCAAGCAGGCGGGCUGCGAGAAGGACUACUGAGAUCAGCAGGAGAUCUCAGGGAGCGCAGAGAGAGAGAGAGAGAGAGAGAGAGAGCGAGAGCCUGAGAGGAAGAGAGGAAGAGUGGGGGAGAGAGAGGGUAAUCUGGAGAGAGCGAGAGAGGAAGAGGGCCACACUGGCACGUCAGGAGGUCUGCUGGACUGGCUGCAGCCUGAGGGGCAUCACUGAUUGAACACUGAUUGUUUUCAAUUAUCUCCAACUGUCACUUUUCCUUUCCAUCCAUUUUGUUUUAUUUUUUUAUACAUGCAGAGAAUUAUCAUUUUAUGGUGAAAGGAGCAAUUUGCUAUGUAAUAUAUAUCAUUAUCUUGUUUCAGUUUUUGUAACAUUUUUAGGGCACGAGUAAUUGCAUCACUAAAAUGGGUUCUGAAAUUUGAUUUAAACAGUUAAUGAAACAAACUGAAGGCAUGAGAUCCUCCGUGGAGAGAAAAAUAAAGUACAGUGUUU